CCGUCAUGCAGCGCACUCUCCGUCUUGCCCACCCGAGGCCCGUCCUCUCAAAUUGCCGUCCUCACUGUCCUUCGUCUCUCGUCGCUGCGCGGCGCAACCACCAAAGUGCUCCACAGAGCACACAGACUCAGGCUGGCGCCUCGGCGAGCAGCAGCACCUUCAAUGACAACAGGGACUCGCAGCGCACAACGCACUUCGGGUUCCAGACCGUGCCGGAGGAGGCGAAGGAGUCGCUCGUGCGCAACGUCUUCGACAGCGUCGCGUCCUCGUAUGACCUCAUGAACGACGCCAUGUCCCUCGGGGUGCACCGCCUCUGGAAGGACGAGUUCGUCUCGCGUCUCAAGCCUGGGUCGCGCGGCCCACUCCGUUGCAUCGACGUCGCAGGCGGGACUGGGGACAUUGCAUUGCGGAUACUGGACUUCGCACGCGAGAAGUACGCGGACAGGGAGACGAGCGUGGACGUGGUGGACAUCAACGGCGAGAUGCUCAAGGAGGGGUACAAGCGGUUCAAGAAGACCAUGUACCACAACACUCCCCAGAUAGCGUUUAAGGAGGCGAACGCGCAGGCGAUGCCGGAGUCCGAGUUCCCCUCGAACACGUACGACGUCUACACGAUCGCGUUCGGCAUCCGCAAUUGCACCUCCGUCCCCGACGUCCUCCGGGAGGCCUACCGCGUCCUGAAACCCGGCGGCACCUUCGCAUGCCUCGAGUUCAGCCAUGUCAACAACCCCCUUUUCCGCACCGUCUACGACCAGUAUUCGUUCUCAGUCAUCCCGCUCCUCGGCACCAUCCUUGCUGGGGACCGCGCAUCGUACCAGUACCUUGUCGAAAGCAUUCGCAAGUUCCCGCCCCAGCCUGACUUCGCCAAGAUGAUCCAGGAUGCGGGCUUUAGCACUGGCGCCCUGCACGAGGGCAAGGGUGGCGCCUGGAUCGACCUUUGGGAUGGGAUCGCGAGUAUUCACACUGGUGUCAAGCUAUAGACUACCGUAUCAUCUGCCUAAUCAUGCGCACGCUCUG